AUGAUUCUUAAUCUUACGUUCUUACCCUAUUUCAAAGAAAACAAAAACCGACUGCGAAAUCCAAGAAUAUGUCGUAAACUGCAUCAAAGUAUAAACUAAAUAUCCUACUAAAAAUUGGCAAUGUAACUAGACUAUUUACCAUGAAACUUGAUACAAAUGUCGUCGAAGUUUCAGCAAAUAUAAAUUUCGACUCCCAGUAUAUAACCGCCAUUUUGUAAUUUCUAGCCUGCCUGCGACCCAGCGUGCGAACAGGCUUUUAUUUGUAAUUAUGUCAUUUCUGACAAUACUAGUCAAUGAUUGGUUAAGUUAACAGCUAACAGUUAACAGAUAACAGCAAACACGUUGAUAGGGUAGAACCUACCUUUGUACCUUUAAAACGAUUUGAAGUUUUCCUACAUAUACCAGUGGCAUACCAGAACAAAAUUGAUUAAGUCAGAAAUAAAACACCAUUUGCAUACCAUCAUCUUUUUAUCAUAGACUUAUUAUUUCCAUUUUUUUUCAGAAAUUGCACAUUCAAAAUUCCAUGGUGAUGAACCGAUAUUGCAGCAAGCUCCAAACGACAAUGGUGACGAACCAGUCUCACUGCAGGAUGGUAAAUAUUUUGUUAUAUACAUGUAGAUAUAAAUAUUUGAAACGCACGUAAGUUCCACAGCAAGCUAUGCACAGGAAAGGGAAAUAUAUAUGCAAGUCUCAAAACAAAUUGGUUACUGUUUAUUUACUCACGUUUUCUGUUUCAGUAAAACUAGACAAAAGCCAGAUACCAGGGAACCAAAUUUUCUCUAUUACACUCCCAUUUAUUUAAUUAAUUAAUUUGUCACAAUUAUUACAUAUAGUGACGGGAAACAGUAACACGACUAGUGUCCCAGUUGACAACUGUUCCCUUACAUAAAUAUAAAUACAUAUACGUACUAAAUAUAAAAUACAACAAUAAAUUAAAAGUUUGCCCAUUACGAUGCUUUGUAGCUUGGUAACAAGCUUUCAAAGUCCUGUUUCAGUCUGGUAUUAAGUAAUUUUACCGACGAAGAGUUUUUAAUAUAUGUAUAAAAAUUGAAUAUCAUUAUAACAAAAUGGAUAGAAGUUUAAAAUCUUUUCUGCUCUACAUAAUUAUUGUCUUGGAAAAAAGAUAACAUUAUAUGUACCUUGACAACGACGAUUCGCGUCUUUUUAUGUGGUUUAAUAAAUUUUGAUAUAUUUUUCUUCUUGUUUGUAGGUGAUCAAUCUGCAAAAAAGUGUAUUAUAACACAAAUUACGAAUAAUAAUUACAUGACUUGUUAAAUGACGUUGACGUCAAGUCAAAGCAAUCAAGGACUUCAACAUUUAUCUUCGCAUGAAUGCAAUGUAUCAUCGAUUCUGUGUACACUUACAUAUUUCUAAGAAUUUUCAGGACAUCCAAAUGAUCAAGCCUGUAUAGUUUUCGUACGACCUAGCAAUCACAGAUUACAGGAAGUUUUUCAUGAAAGCUCUUGUCUUUGAUAAUUUACAAAGUUCUGGAAUCUUUAUUUUAGCUUCAAAGAGAUUUCAGUUCGUGUCUAAAACCAGGGAAGCUUUAAAACGACAAACAUUUGAACAUUAUUUUUCCAGUUUUCCUAGAUACAAACAAAAUCAUUUUGAUUAAGUCAGCAAUAAAACACCACAUGUAUACCAUCAUCCAUUUAUCAUAGACUUAUUCUUUACAAUAUUUUUUUUCACAAACUGCAGGUUCAACAUUCCACGGUGAUGCACCGAUAUUGCAGCAAGCUCCAAACGACAAUGGUGACGAACCAGUCUCGCUGCAGGAUGGUAAAUAUUUUGUUAUGUACAUGUAGAUAUAAAUAUUUGAAACGCAUGAAAGUUCCACAGCAAACUAUGCACAGGAAAGGGAAAUAUGCAAGUCUCAAAACAAAUUGGUUACUGUUUAUUGCUUCAUUAUUUGGCUUAUACAGACCAAACAAAAAUAUCAUCUUUCGUGCCUUCACAAAAAGCGAGCGCUAAGUUUACAAAUUUGAGCGAAAAUGCUGAUACUAUAAUUCUCCCUACUGAGGAAACCAGUAAUGAUCAAUCAACUCCCUUACUCACUUUGUCCUUCUUUAAAUACAUUUUUUAUUUCAUCCAUGUAUAUACAGCAAGUGUAUAAUAAAUUACGAUACGCGAUGCUUACAGGACACCUGAUAAAUAUGUGUAAUCGUUUUGACAGUGUUGCAUUUUACUCACGUUUUUCUGUUUCAGUAAAACUAGUCAAAAGCCAGAUACCCGGGAACUAAAUUUUCUCUAUUACACUUUCAAUAUGUAUAAAAAUUGAGUAUCAUCAUAACAAAAUGGAUAGAAGUUUAAAAUCUUUUCUGCUCUACAUAAUUGUUGUCUGGGAAAAAGAUAACAUUAUGUACCUUGACAACGACGAUUCGCGUCUUUUUAUGUGGUGUAAAUUUUGAUAUCUUUUUCUUCUUGUUUGUAGGUGAUCAAUCUGCAAAAGAUUUAGAAGGUAGAAAUAAAAAGUAUAUUAAAACACAAAUUACGAAUAAUAAUAACAUGACUUGUUAA